UUCUGGCUAAUCACACUGCUGCAUUUAGGCGCCUGCAUGUAGACGAUACAGCCAGCGGAGCGGCCUUCAAGUUGGUUUUUGCUCCCAGUAGGACCUUUUGUUGAUGAAGCCAGGGAACAGAAAGAUCAACGUAUUGAAUGUUCAUCGUGGGAGAACUUGGUACCUCAUGCCGACGACCAGCUACCUCAAGCCGCGUAGUGCUCUCUCGUUUUUCCUCUGCUUUAAAUACGGACGAUGCGGGACAUGAAGCCAUUUCUGUGGUUCACUCAGCUCUUCCAUACCUUUCUACGUUUCAUUAUGCCCCCCCAACGCAACGACGAGAUGCGUGUCUUUUCAUCCGACAAGGACGUAACCAACGCCUCAAACCUUCUCAGCUCUCUCAAAGAGAAUCUUCCUUUCCUCGACCACGGCCUCGGAAACAUCAUCGUCACCCAGAUCGAGUACUGCAAAUGUCGCUUCGGCGCAGGUAGUCGCUGGGAGCAUGAAUUCCUGUUCGUGACACUGAAGGAAUCUGUGCGAGCUAGGCGGACGGCGUUGCUCAUGGUGGACCGGUUGAAUGAUGAUACGAAGGAGUACAAGGGGCCGGAUGAACUGCUCGCAGAUUUAGUCAGACAUCAGGGCCAGGAAAUGAUUGAUGUAGAGGGGACCACUGACUCGACCGACUCGAAUUCAUCUGCAUCAUCAUCUGCAGAGCCCUCGACAACAGCCUCACCUUCCAGAGCCUUACCCAAUGCGCAACACUGGGGCACCACAAAUCGUUUCCAUCGCUCCGGUGCCAAAGUCAAGAGAAUCACCAAGGGUGAUCCUCCCAAUGCGCUCGACAGGCUCAUUGUCUUGCCCAACAGAAGUGCCAUUGCAAGGGAGCUGGGAGGCUGCCUGUACGAUGUUCUCAUGACGAUGGACCUCACCCAGUCGCAAAACCACAGGACUGUCGCCCUCGAGAAUUUUGGACACCUGCUCCGGACCACUUCAAGAAACACCCCACAGUACCAUUUCAUAUUUGCUCAGUGUUAUUGGUAUGCCUAUACGAUUUGGAAGGUCCUUGAGAUGGAGACACAGCCGCAUAUACACAGGGAGGAGCUGGCUGGUCGCCAAUGCUCGCAUUCCUUGACGGGCUAUGGGAAGAGGUUGAUUCUGGGGAGAGGUAGAUCUGUGAAUGAGGUGAGGACCCCAGAGAGGAUAAAGGCGGAGUGGGAUGCUGAAAAGGUUAUGGAGGAAGAGGAGUGGGCGCAACUGAAAGAGCAAUAUCAUGCCCCUCUGGUAGCAGCAGAAGCUGCUCGCCAGAAUGCAGAGGCUCGGGUACGUGAGCUUGAGAGGAGGUUGGAAGGUUUGGAGCGCCCUCCACGUUCUGCUAAUGCAGUCUAAGCCAUCUUCCUUCUUUUCUAUUUUCACUCCUGAUUGUCGCUCUCAUUUGCUUUCCUGUGAUCCAUCGCUAUCGGUCAAUG